UCCCAGGAACUGCCGUUCCUGCACCCCAGCGAGACCAGCGUCCUGAACCGGCUCUGCCGCCUCGGCACCGACUAUAUCCGCUUCGCCGAGUUCGUGGAGCAGUACACGGGACACGUCCAGCAGCAGGAUCAUCCAUCUCAGCAAAAUCAGAGUGGAUUACAUGGCAUUUAUUUGCGAGCCUUCUGCACAGGUCUUGAUUCAGUGCUGCAGCCGUAUCGACAGGCACUACUUGACCUAGAACAAGAGUUUCUGGCUGACCCACAUCUUUCCAUCUCGCAUGUUAAUUAUUCCUUGGACCAGUUUCAGUUACUCUUCCCCUCUGUGAUGGUCAUGGUGGAACAGAUCAAGACUCAGAAGAUUCAUGGAUGUCAGAUAUUGGAGACGGUCCACAAACACAGCUGUGGGGGGUUGCCUCCUGUUCGCAGUGCUCUUGAAAAGAUUCUUGCUGUGUGUCAUGGAGUCAUGUAUAAGCAGCUGUCUGCCUGGAUGCUGCAUGGAUUGCUACUAGACCAGCAUGAAGAGUUCUUCAUCAAACAGGGCCCUUCUUCCGGGAAUGUCCCUAGUCAACCUGAAGAAGAUGACGACGACCUAGGAAUUGGGGGACUCACAGGAAAACAGCUACGAGAACUGCAGGACCUGCGCUUGAUUGAGGAGGAGAACAUGUUAGCUCCAUCUCUAAAACAGUUUUCUCUGCGAGUGGAAAUGUUGCCUUCAUACAUUCCUGUGCGGGUUGCUGAGAAGAUCCUCUUUGUGGGAGAAUCUGUACAGAUGUUUGAGAAUCAAAAUGUUAACCUGACCAGAAAAGGCUCCAUCCUAAAAAACCAGGAAGACACUUUUGCAGCAGAGCUACAUCGACUUUUUUCGCUCUUCAGUUUGGUGGACUUUGAGUCAGUGGUUGACUGGAUCCGGAGCACCGUUGCUGAGCAUCUUUGGAAACUGAUGGUGGAGGAAUCAGAUUUACUAGGACAACUGAAGAUUAUAAAAGACUUUUACCUUUUGGGAAGAGGUGAGCUGUUUCAGGCCUUCAUUGACACUGCACAGCACAUGUUAAAAACACCACCUACGGCUGUAACAGAACACGAUGUCAACGUUGCAUUUCAGCAGUCUGCUCACAAGGUACUGUUAGAUGAUGACAACCUUCUUCCUCUGCUUCACUUAACCAUUGAGUAUCAUGGAAAGGACCAUAAAGAUCCUUCUCAGGCUCGCGAAGGGCCUUCCCGGGAGUUGUCUCCACGUGAAGCCCCUGCAUCUGGAUGGGCAGCUCUGGGCCUUUCUUACAAAGUUCAGUGGCCACUGCACAUUCUCUUCACUCCUGCUGUUCUGGAGAAGUACAACGUUGUGUUCAAAUAUCUCCUGAGUGUGCGACGAGUCCAGGCUGAGCUUCAGCACUGCUGGGCUCUCCAGAUGCAACGCAAACACCUGAAAUCGAACAGGACCGAUGCUAUCAAGUGGCGUCUGAGGGAUCACAUGGCUUUCCUUGUGGACAAUCUUCAGUAUUAUCUGCAGGUGGAUGUCCUGGAAUCGCAGUUCUCACAGCUCCUGCAGCAGAUAAACGCCACGCGAGACUUUGAAAGCAUACGAUUGGCUCACGAUCACUUCUUGAGUAAUCUGUUGGCUCAGUCUUUCAUCCUCCUGAAACCUGUUUUCCACUGCUUAAACGAAAUUCUGGAUCUUUGUCACAGUUUCUGUUCUCUGGUCAGCCAGAAUCUGGGCCCAUUGGAUGAACGGGGAGCUGCACAACUCAGUAUCUUGGUGAAGGGAUUCAGCCGUCAGUCAUCGCUUCUCUUCAAGAUUCUCUCUAGUGUUCGCAACCACCAGAUAAACUCUGACUUAGCGCAACUGCUGCUACGCUUGGAUUAUAACAAGUACUACACCCAGGCUGGAGGAACCUUGGGCAGUUUUGGGGUUUAAGCAAGACCUUUUCUUCA